CUGCUCGCAAUUCAUUUGAGGAAGGACACACAGGCUGCUUGUACUGUAUCUAUUUAGCUGAACUUUCCAUUGUUUCCUGAGCGGUGACAUUAUGGGGCUCAGUGAUCAGGAAUGGCAGAAGGUCGUAGACAUCUGGGGGAAAGUGGAACCAGACCUCCCUGCUCAUGGGCAAGAAGUUAUCAUCAGGAUGUUUCAGAAGCACCCGGAAACCCAGGAGCGCUUUGACAAGUUCAAAAACCUGAAGACGGUGGAUGACAUGAAGAGUUCAGAAGAGCUCAAGAAGCAUGGAACGACUGUCCUGACAGCCCUGGGCAAAAUCCUAAAGCAGAAAGGGAACCACGAGGCAGAACUUGCACCCCUGUCACAGACCCACGCCAACACACACAAAAUCCCGGUCAAGUAUCUUGAGUUCAUUUGCGAAAUAAUUGUUGGCGUCAUUGCUGAAAAGCAUUCUGCAGACUUUGGGGCUGAUUCGCAAGCGGCAAUGAGGAAGGCCUUGGAGCUGUUCCGCAACGACAUGGCCAGCAAAUACAAGGAGCAUGGCUUCCAGGGCUAAUAGAGAGCAUGGGAGGCAAUGUUCCCUUUCAGCAAGGAUGGGGAGCCUGUGUGUGACCCUCCAGAUGUGGCUAGACCACAACUCCCAUCACUGGCAAGGGCCAAAGGGAGCUGGAGUCGAACAACAUCUGGAGGGCCACAAGUUCCUCAUCCUUGUCACGAAGAGAAAUAGAGUAGCAUGUUUUGGGUGUGUGAUCAAUCUAGCAGAAGAAUAUUCUCCUUUCAUGGCAGAAACUUAGUUUGGCACCAGCUUGAAAAAUAUAUACUCACUAUAAAAGGCUCAAGUUACACAUCAUGACAGAAGACCCACAUCUUUAAAAGAAACCCUAUUAUUAUUAUUAUUAUUAUUAUUAUUAUUAUUAUUAUUAUUGCCAGCCCUUCACCAGCAGGUCUCAGGUUGGUUACAGCAGUUUAAAAUUAAAAAUUAAAAACAGUUAAAACAGGUUAUAAUCACAGGAAUAGUGAAGGCUCAGAAAACACACGCAUUCAGGGGUGCCGACUUGAAUAAAAUAUUGCUUGGGGCAGGUAAGCCCCUCCCUGUAUCAGUCAUGAUCACAAGUUGUAGCACACACACAAUUUGAAUGACAAUGACCAUCAACUUUUUUGGGGGAAGCAGUUCCUUCAAAUAUUUUAUUGGGGGGGGGGAGGGACCUCGGCACCUAGGAGUUGCCUCCUAUGCACAAAUCUCAGAUGUGGAAAGCCGGGGUAAAGAGACCUUCAGCAUUCACCGAAAGCUGUAUAGAGAAGAAGCCAUGUAAAGUUGAAGGUUGGAAGUGAAGUUUAUGAGAUCAAAUGAGCAUGUAGGCAUGAAAUGCUGAAUCAUCUCAUGCCAAACACUCUUACUGCCCAGUGGUCCCUCCACCAGAGUCCUUUCCUCCUCCAGCUAGGCUCUGA